AUAGGUUUUUCAAUCCGCAUCAAGGCGAGCUUAAGGCUCUGGACUUCGAAGCAGACCGAGAAACCAAAGAAGUUCCAUAUUUUCCCCUCUUUCUUUCUUGUUCAAUAUGUUGUUCUUCUCGUACUUCAAGGACUUGGUGGGUAGAGAAGUGACUGUGGAGCUCAAGAAUGACCUGGCAAUAAGAGGGACUCUUCACUCUGUUGAUCAGUAUCUCAAUAUCAAGCUUGAGAACACUAGAGUCGUUGACCAAGACAAGUACCCUCACAUGCUAUCGGUGAGGAAUUGUUUCAUAAGAGGAUCAGUGGUGAGAUAUGUUCAACUGCCUCCAGAGGGAGUCGACAUCGAGCUGUUGCAUGACGCCACCAGGAGGGAAGCUCGAGGUGGCUAAAAAUUCCAUACUUGUUAACCCCUAACGCCUAACGGCUUUCUUUUGGAAUGUAAUACGCUUAUCUUGAUUGUUUAAAUCCCAGUCUCUUAGAUGAUAACCAUCCUUGUUUUAUGUUAAAUAAUUUUACUCAUUUUGUUGAUUUUUU